CUGGUCCAGGUGCUCAUGUUGGAGCUGAUCAGAGAACAUGAAUCUCUGUUUGCCAAGUUUCCUGCUUCAGUCUGCGCUCAUCCUUCUGGAAGUUUACAUGCAACACCUUUGAAGCAACCUCAUCUCCAGCCAUUGCCCUGCCUUCGUCACCUGUCUUUGCCUCUAAUUGCUGACCACUCUGAUGAAUUAGGACAACCGGCUGCACAUUCAGACCACGGCAGUUGUAUCUUCUCUGCUACUGGUAAAUCAGACUUGUUCUCCGGUCAGAAGAGACACCUUGGCCAUCGCUACACCUCCUCCCACCCGGAGAACUGCUUCUAUCCCUUGCCCUUCUCCAGUGAGUCCAUUAACCACCACACUGAUGAGCACAGAGGAGAUUAUUACAAGUACCAUGUUAGCCAAGGGCCAUCUUCUGCAAAUGCUCAAGCCACAACAACCAACUCCCAGCUACAGGCUGAAAUUUCACAGCAGGGGACAAUCAUAGAAUGGGCCAAAGGAUGGCAACACACUGAAAAGGCAGCCUUUGUUUACUGGAGCUGUAAUGGAGCAGAGGAAAAGGGCGACGCUCCUGGAGCAGCCAGUGGAGGCAGCAGUCAGGCACAGGAGGACAGUACGCCCUCUGCCUACGACAACCUAGACAGAGCCUCUCUGUCUCACAUUAUGGAGAAUGUUCCUACUGAGAAGUUUGAUUCAGAUUCACCAGGAACAAAUGCUGGAAUGUGUGAAGCAGAGCUAGAUCAAGUGGAACUGGGAAGGACAGGAGACUCCUCUUCUUCAUGGUCUUCCUGUGAGCUUCUGCCAUUAGAUGAGAACAAUGAUGACCCGGGAGCAGUUAGUCCUAUUCCACCAAAGAGAUCCAAAAUGUGUCCUUUGAGUUUGAAAACUAAAAAGAAAAGCCAUGAUGAAGAUGACAAUGAAGACAGUGGAGGUUCUGGCAAUGGUGGCAUGCACCAGCCAAAGUCCUGGGCUUCGUGUUCGGUCAUUAGCAUCAGCCCUCUCAGCACAGGGAGUUCAGAGGUCUUCCUCCCCUCUGGGCCUCCAGAUCUCCAGCUUCAAGAGUCUCACUUAGAGUUGAGGGGCACUCCUUCACUGGUGGCCACACUGAGGCAGCAGAUGGCCCAGCAGAAGGCAGAGUACCAAAGCAAGAUUGAGAGGCUGGAGCGAUGCAAUGUCGUCCUCGAACGACAAGUUGCCGUUCUGCGGCUCAGUCUGGAGCAGCAGAGGCGAAGUCAGAGCGUUGCAGAGAUCAAGAUCAGAAACAUGGAGCGAGCCAAAGCAGACGCAGACCGCCGGAACACGACCCUACAGAGAGAGAUGGAGCUCUUCUUCAGGACCUACGGAGAAAUCCGGAGAAGAGGAGAAGACCUGGGAAGAAGGGGCGGAGGAAGUAUCUGAAGGCUGAAAGACAGAUUUGAAGUCUUUCUCAGCAGGUGUGAAGGGAAGAAUGGAGCUUCAGUUAGCAGCAGAUGCAUUUUGUCAAGAUGAGCAGACAGUUUAUUGCAUCAUGUGUUUUAGAAUGAGCUCUAAAGAAAUAAGAACAUUGCAUUAGUCAUGGUUCAAUUUUUCAGAGUUUAGAUCUGAUGAGAUUAUUUUAUUUGCCUUCAAAUUAAAAUCUUACCUCUCUUCCAAGGCAACUCAGUCACCACACUGAAGCCUGUUAUGAUGUAAUAUCAGUUUAAUUCCAGCUGUGUCCAGGAGUUAAAGGAAUCAGUUUUGGCCUUCGAUUAUUAUCUUGCCAAUCCUUCUGCUGUCUCAGAUUACCUCACAUGUAUCCUGCUAUAGGCAGUGAUAAACCCAGCUGUUUCCAUUUGAAACAAAUACCUUACUCCUUUAUUCCCUCCAAAAUCCCCAGACUUGAUGAUCAGCAACAGAUUUAAUAUAUCUCUAUUUUAUUAAACAGCAUAUUGGCAUCAAAGACAGUUGCUUUAAGGACACAAGAACUGGAUAGUUUUUACAGUUCCUGUUGGUGGUGGUGAUGUUGUGGGAAUAAUAAUUUAAAUAAAACUGAAAAUGUUAUCAUUUUUUUAUAAAUUAAAAAUUCUAAAUGUAUUUAUUAACUAAAUGCAGUUAAGGACAGGGUUACAUACCCAUAAGGUCCGAUCUGUACACCCCACAUGGCGGCUUAUUGAAUGAGGUGACUGACUCAUCGCAAAUUACGACGCAUCUCAAAUCAGAAUAUCACUGAAUAGCUCAUUAUUUCACAAGUUCAUUUCAAUGAGUGGAACUAAUUUUAUAGAUUCAUUACAGAUUUUGAUGAUUGUUGCCUAAGAAAACCCAAUUUUAGUGGACCGAUGAUUGAAAUCGAUUAUAAAGUCGAUGACAUUCUGAUUUACGAAGAUGCUUCAGACAUGCACACAUUAAAUCAUGUGCGGCUGGAGGCUCAGUUUUGAUGUCAGAGCUUUACCUUUUUUUUUUUUUUUUAAUGAUAGAAAUCUGUAAAAUCAUCUGAAACCUGAAAGUACGAUUCUCUUUGCAUGAUAAAACGUUUCAAAUGAAACGUGUUUUAAUCCACCUCCUUUUACCUGUUAUUGCCACUUAAUUUGAUGCUAUCUAAAUGAAAACUGAGAGCGGGAGGAUAUGAUGUUAUCUAUUGUGAUCAAGGUGGAAAUUAACCGUCAAUCUUCGUCAUUAAGUGCCAAUGAAAUUUGUUAAAAUAACAUUUUUAAACCCUUAACAAUAAAGCUCAGGCUUUUUUUUUUUUUUUUCCCCAAGAGGAGAAUGAAAUAUUUAUUAUCAAUCUGUGCCAGCAACGUAAAAUAAACUGUACAAACAGUAAAUCGAAAGGAAAUAUCAGAAAUCAUCAAACUGACAGUUUCUAUCAGGACUGAGUCACGUUUAGCUGCGAUGGUUCAGUCCGAUUAAAGAGGGAGAGUGACGUCACGCCGACCACCAGUAAACACGAGUUUUUUAAGCUAACUUCUAACAGAGGGACACAUACAUUAAAAUAUCAACCGUUAGUGACAGAAUGACAGCAUAUGAAUAUCAUCACAGCAGUUACGAGUGGUAAACUUUCAGGAAUUUCUACUUUCAUUACCAGAACAUAAAUGGUUCGCUUCAUGGUACAGGUGCAAAGUAGAAACCAAGAGCCGGAACAAAAACCAAGGUGCCUAACUGAAGAUGCUGUGCACGUUUCACCUUGCAGAAACCUUUUAUAAAACGCUAGCGAUCAUACACAAACAAGCACAGCAUCAAGCGUUGCCUAAAAUAAGACCUGGUGAUGAACUCGGCAUUAAGGCGGUGUUUUCUCAGGCAGCUGAAAAAAAAGAUCUACUGUAAAAAUGCAACUGUUGGUUUUUCAGUCAGAGAAAAGGUUUCUGCGAGACACGGCCCAUUAGGACGAACCUUUGUUCAUUUCAGUUCAUUUACACACAGCAGUUGUUAAAACUGUGACGUAGCCGUCAGUAAAAACAAUGGAGAUGAGAGUUCAAACUCUGACAACUUCUCUUUAAAUUACAGUAAGUUUGAGCUCAGGAGACAAAAACACUGUGGUGUUUUAAGGACUGUAUGGAGCAUGUUUAUUCGUCUGAUUUCUAACUGGAAUGAUGUCUGUAAAACUGGAAUAUGUUAACUUUGUACAAACAUCAAAAAAAAAAAAAAAAAAAAAAGAGCAUUUCAGUUUCACCUUCCAGAAGCCUGCCAUUUUUUACAAUAAAUCUGGAAUAUUUCCGCUUUAUUGGUUUGGUCAACACUUAACUGGUUCCACUUCUUCGUCUCAUCCUGCUUGGUGCCUCCUCAAGAAGUCAAAUGAGAACCGUUUCUAAUGGGAUUAAAGUGCAUUCACAUAGGACCAUUUUAAACUGGGACCAGUAUAAACUCAAAGUGAUAAAUUACAGAAAUGAUUUGAUAGCCAAACAACAUUUUACACGCAUGAUAUCAGCACAAAUGGAAGCGUUUUACUUUUUUCUAUCAGUGGAGGACAUGUUGGAAAGUUUAUAUGAAGUGAUUAUGCCUGCUGUCAAAGGUCCCAUGAAAACUGUUUUUUUUUUUUUUUUGGUAUCCAACAAACUAA